AUAAAACAUCUCAUACAAUGUUCCAUAAGCCACAUCCUCGAAGUCACAUCCAAUUACAAAGAGGAGGAUCCUCUGAUAAGAGCUUACAAUCGAUGGAGGCUGAACCAUUAGAGGGUGAAAUAGUUGAACGUAUCGCGGCAUACCAAUCCGUGCCAGGUCCUGCGACCUUACUGUAUGGUGCCAUGGCAACUUUAGAUGUUUAUGAGUCUCCGAAUAUCAACAAGGGACAAAUAGCUUCUUCUGGAAUAUGGGUAGAGAAUUAUCAAAAACAUCAGUCUGCUUUUGUUAAUGUUGUACAAGUCCGAUGGAAUAUUGAACCUUCUUACUAUGGUGACAACAAGACACAUUUCCUUAUAGGAUGGACGGUACUGUAAUCAGCCUAUUCUCAUUUGCUCACUAGUCUUAAUAACUUACAGAUUUCCAUCUAUGCACUUUUAGUUUGAGAAUACUAAGGGCAAACCCUAUGUUAGGCCUCGUG